AUGUUGCAAGGGGACUCAAUGACAUGUAUCUCACUGAACGAAACUACUUUUUCCGCUCUCAGCGCUCAUCUGGCCACUGCUGAAUGGAGUGGACUGAAGACAUUGGCGAUUCAUAGGACGCCAUCCUUGUCCUUGGAUCUGAUGCCAACCCUCACAUUUCUGGAGGUGCUCGACUUGAGUGACAACAGUCCCAACGAUGUUAGGAAACUAAUAAUCGAACGCAAUAAUUUUACGGUAGGCUUGCACAAUGACGUUUUUUUGAUCUCCACAGGUGAUCUUAAGAUUGAACGAGGUUUUUUGGCACCGUUUCCACGAUUAGAGGAGCUACAUCUUGGUCACAAUAGAAUCUCCUACAUAGGAUAUGAUUCGCUCCGUAUGCCCCAGAUCAGAAUUAUUCGUCUGAAUGACAACCUUAUUCAGACUCUUGGAAUGCAUGCGUUCCGGUUCAUUCCACAGCUGCACGAUAUUGAUUUGAGUGGCAACAGAAUUGAACGAUUCAUGCUCGAAGUGCUCGAUCUCAGCUCCAAUAACCUCACGCAGGUCCCUGGCUUGGAAUUACGCAGUAUGGAAGGAUUGAGGACGCUAUUACUAGCCAAAAAUCCCAUUACAGUGAUUGGUGAGGGGCAAGCAAGGCUCGAUAGUCUUCAGUGGUUGGAUCUGUCGUCAAGUGAAGUUCGAGUAGUAGAAGCUGGAGCUUUUUCUCACUUUCCACGGCUUCAUUCGGUUUUCUUUAAUGGUUGUCGGAAUCUCACAUUUAUUUCGCCGGCCGCAUUCGAAAACAUCAGCGUCUUCAGACUCUGUCGCCAUCAUUCUGGUCAACGAUUGCCUCGGAUUCGCAUUGCCGAUGUGCCAUUGGACUGUGGAUGCCUCUCAGAACAGUUGAACGCUAUCACCACCACUACUAUAACAGACUGGAGCAAUGCCACUUGUGUCACUAGGGAAGGAGAAGUGCUGAGUGUUCCCAAUCUGUCACCAACGAGUUUGGCUAGCUCUGAGCAAUGCCGACCAAAUGUGGUUCUUCCUUUUGGUCACGAAGUGGUGGCAAGCGUUGGCCAAACGUUCAAGAUUUAUUGCGCGGGAACAGAAGAGGACGACAUUGUCAAAUGGAAAUCACCAAACGGUGUGACUGAGUAUGCGAUUAGACCAGAG